CGAGUCGGCUCUCUAGCAACAACGUUGCGAGCUCUAAACGAGACAGCUCACGAAGUUGAGCUCAACAACCUACCGAGUCGAGCUAGCUCUCGAGCUUCCCGAGCUACAGAAGGCUUAGCAUUCUAUGGGUGGUGGCGAGCUUCUUCAUAUCUUUGAUGCCCAUACACAAAGCUGGGAGUAUCACGAAGAUGGCUUCAGGCUCUUCCCUCCGCCAGCCAUGACGUUGUCAAGUUUGCUAACCAGCAGUGGCCCCUAUCACAAGAAGACCAAAAUAAGUGAUAUCGGCCAGGGAAAGAAGGAUAGUUAUUUCAUCGUCGUUGGUACCGAAUGUCAUUUUGAUAGGUAUGAUCGUGUCUUUGCCGCAGUGGUUGAUUUUGACGGAGUUAUGUCCGAUUUGCAAUAUCUACGGGAUCCUUUACCGGCUGGAUUUCGCCCACUUGGUGACUGCAAAGUGAUUGACCUGUUGGAGGAGGAUGAGCAGGACGACGAUGGGCAUUUGAGCAGCAUAUUUUGUGUGGUGUAUAUAUCCUGCGAUUGUGACCAGCUGGCUUUGUCAGUUUUCAGAGUGUCUUUGUUAUCUCCAAUGGUGGUCGUGACACCAACAGACGAGCCCCCGUACUUGUCCCGACAAGAUAAAGGGGAAGAAGAAGCAAGUGAUGAUGAAUCCGGAGGAGGUGACUCCUUGAAUGUUGAUAUUCUGGAAAAACGUAUUUAUGCACUGGGUGACGCCUACCCUAAUGAACUUUCUGAUGCCUUCUUCCUCUAGGUAACUAACCUUUUUAUUACUGGUCAAGUACAUUUCUUUUUAGCACAUGGUUUCCAUUUAUCUAUGUCGUUUGUUGGACUUGCACUAUCACUACCGUUUUCACUGGAUCAAUCUUGUUGGUAUCAGAAGGAAGACACAGUUCUCAUCUGGCAGUUGAAAGGGUUUGUUGUUUGUAGUAGUUGUUCUUCUUUACCUCCUGGACGUGUCAUGUUCGCUCUAACCUUGCUGUUAAUUCUGUUCUAUUUUGUUCAGUUCAUUUGAUGGACUGCAAUCCGUUUGACAUUUUCAGGAGAAGGAGCAGAUCAAGAUACUAGUGAUUUUGACUUCUGGUAUGACUUCUGAUUUGGGAGAACCUUGUGAUGCAAGGCAAUGUGGUUUUAUUAGCAAUGUGACAGCAUGUUAUUUAUCCGCCUCCUGGUUCUUCUUUAUACUUCAGUGGCAAGUGAUGAUUGUAUAGUAUAUGAUUCCUCGCUGAGUGUGGAAGGAAUCCACAAUCAGAUCAACGGCGAGAACCAUCCACUGAAAUGCACUGUUUAAUACUCGUGAAUCGACUGUGUUUUGAGAUCAGUUUGUCAACCUGCAAGUGGGCAGUCAGGUGCAGAAUGGCAAGCAGAGCAGACCACCCAAGUUUUACCUAUUGAGAUGAACAUAGUAAACUUUUAAGAGUUCUGUUUGAUCUAUGGAUUGCUGUGAUAGACAUUCCGUAGGCUCUAGUAAGCAUGGAAAUGUGAAGAUUGGUCAUAGGGUAGGUAGAGUUUUAAUCGAGUUCCACAAAACACUAAAGAUACUAAAUCUGAAGCGUAAGCAUCUAUUCAGGACGGAUUGACUUGCUCUUAGAGGGAGUUUUAGAUGGAGAUAAGUUUUCUGCAAGGAAUUUGUUUGUCAAACCCUAGAGACAUGUCCCCACAAAACUUCUUAUUAUUAUUGCUUUGGCUGCAAGUCUCUUUACCGGGAAAAGAUUUGUAUGGUCGAUAAUUGUGAAUUGUGAUUAAGGCAAAAGCCAAAAGUGUGUGGACAAGAGCAUAUAUAUACAGCAUUUACUACGGAGAGAAAGAGAUCGACCAUAAAGACAAAAACCAUUCUCUCUCUAACUUUCUCUAUCUACACUUUCUCUCUGUAACCUAUCCGUUCCGCCUUUAUAAUAAUAUAUCUCUCGGCGCGUCACUUGCCAAUCCUACUCAAACACCCUAACUAAUACUUAGUGUCUCCCUACUCAAAUUAGCCCUCAUUACCGGAGGAGACGCACCGACGGCUAGUGGGAUACCAAACCCCGUUCCCGUGAGAAAGGAAGCCAAACACAGCGCGCCACAAAGCCAAGAACCUAGGCCGAGGGCGAACUUAGACUUUCUGGAGCAACACCUCUCACCUCUUUACCGAGCGCCGCGAAAGCCUGUGAUCCGACAACCUCUCAGUGCAGACAUCAUGAUGGAGCAGAUCAACGGAGUACCACCCGCACUCCCAACAUACAAUGGAACUACGGAUCCGGAGGACCACGUUAGCGCGCCCGAUCACACCGCUUACCUUCGUCGGAUGCGUUGUGUAAAAUAUCGGCACCACCACCAGAUCCGAAAGAGGGCGUAUGCGGCAACUCCCCACCGAAAGAGGGCGUAAGUGGGGUUUGGUAUCCCACUAGUCGUCGGUGCGUCUCCUCCGGUAAUAAAGGCAAAAGCCAAAA